AUGCUCCAGUCCAGUCGGUCUCAGUGCCUACCGUCACUCAUAAGGGGCAAGGCACUCAGGUCGACCAUAGACCUCCACACACACACACCUUGACGUUACUGUGUGCCUCAGCCCAUACACACCCUCCCUCCUGUGGGCACCCUGAGCGACCCCUCACCAUUGGCCAAGUCCCGGAGCCCUCAGCAUCUCCAUCACGGCUGGAGGGACCAUUCGGGAAAGCAGGAGACAGAGGUGGAUUAUGAGGAUGCUUGCACGGUUGUUGUUGGGACUCCUUGUCCUCAAAGCAGCAGUGGCCAGCCCAAGAUUUUCCCGACAAACAGACUUGGAUUAUGACACAGAGAAUGGAGAAUAUGACUAUGAACUGACCACCAAUCUGCCGAUAGAGGUUGAAACACUAUCAACCGAAUUGGAGGCAGAAGAGGAGGAAGAGGAGGAGGUGCCCUUGAAGCCACAGCUCAUCCCACAGGGUUCAGGAGGGUCUGGGGUCCUGAUGGGUCCUGACACACAGAAAGAGGUGGAGCUGCGUCUGAUGCCCAUUGACAUCCUCCAUGUGUCCGGGGAUGCAGGGGGCUCUGCAGGCUCAGGGGCUUCGGGGGAGUCCGGGACAUCGGCCUCUGGAUGGUCUGGAUGGUCUGGAGGGUCUGGAGGGUCUGGAGGGUCUGGGGGGUCUGGGGGGUCUGGAGGGUCUGGAAGGUCUGAGGGAUCUGGGGACAUAGUAUUCAUUUCUGGACCAUCCCAGGAGCUGUUGGGGUCAGGUUCUGGCUCAGGUGGCCCUGAGGAGUUCCAGUUCUUCGGAGAUGUGCUGUUCUCUGGAGAUGUGUCAGGGUCUGGGGAGCCCUCUGGAUCUGGAGAGUUGUCCGGGGGCUCUGGGGAUCUGUCUGGGGGCUCUGGGAUCGCUGUGGAGCUGGAAUCUGGAGUUGGAGAGUCUGGAGACCUGUCUGGGUCCGGGCUGUCAGGGGCCACUGGAAUCUCUGGGGCUUCUGGGGAGUCUGGUGAAUCUGGUUUCUCAGGGAUAACACUCAUAGACGACAAAGUAACCCUCAUCUCUGGGGAUGGAAAGAUAUCAGAGGCAUCUGGGGAGGUCUCUGGAGUCUCAGGGGUUUCAGGUGAAGCCUCUGGAGAUAUAGAGACCUCAGGAGCUUCUGGGACGUCUGGGGUUUCUGGCUCUGGAGAACCAGAAUUCCCUGGGGUCACUCUGAUACAAGAGGAGGGGCUGCUUCCCACUACUACACAGAGCCCUGAGGAGGGCAAAGGAGAGGUAGAAGGCCCAGAGAGCUCUGGUGAAACAGACGAGACAGAGAAGCCUGACUGGCAAGGCAUGCCAACCUGCCUUCUAUGUACAUGUCUGGGGGGCUCAGUCUAUUGUGAUGACCUGAGGCUGGACAGCGUACCUCCUCUCCCCAAAGACACCACACAUUUCUAUGCACGCUACAACCGAAUCACCAAAAUCCACAAGUCUGAUUUUGCCAAUAUGGGCAAACUGAAGAGGAUUGACCUGACCGCCAACGAGAUCACAUCUAUUGAUGAGAAAGCCUUCAUUGGUCUUCCUGAACUGGAGGAGCUGGUGAUCAGAGAGAACCAUAUCUCACAGCUGCCUGCUCUGCCUGAAACUAUGACCCUCAUCGACGCCAGCCACAAUAACAUUGGCUCUAAAGGCAUUCACAGGGAGGCCUUCAAAGACAUGACUGCCUUGCAGUUCCUGUAUAUGACGGACAACAACAUUGACUACAUCCCUGUACCUCUGCCUGAUAGUUUGCGGUCUCUACACCUACAACGUAACAACAUUCAGAUGAUGCUUGAGGACACCUUCUGCAACCUGAAAGAUUUCAACUACAUCAGGAACGCGCUGGAGGACAUCCGCCUUGACGGAAACCCAAUCAACCUGAGCAGGACCCCUCAGGCCUACGUGUGCCUGCCCCGUAUACCUAUCGGGACCCUCGUGUGACCUCACACAGACUAACAUGUACUUUUGCACACUGACUCCACAGAUGCAACCACCUGUACAUACCGACACAUACAAACACUAGCAACUGCAUUUCAGUGGUUCAAUCUGCUGCAGACAGAUUCAACUCUUUGUGGAUAUUUAUGGUUAAGGCACCCUCACGAGUUUAUAACCUGGUCAAGCACUGAUCAACUGUAUUUGUCAGAUUUUUUAAAGGACAUCCAAGCUCACACAUUGCACACUAUUUAUACUUUAUCGUGACCCGUAGCCAUGUUUCAAACACGCAAACACAUACACAAAGUAAUACCACAACCUGAUUGAAGGUGGCGUUCAGUUAAAUCUAAUGAUAAACACUAAAAACAGCCUGUCUGUUCAAUUAGUGUCUCUUCAAACUGGCAGCAGUCUAGUUUCAUUGUUUAAAUAUGUUUUGUAAAAAAAUAAAGUUAAUAGUAAUAUUAAUAUUAAUGAAAAAUCUAACAAUCCUAUGUAUACGAGCAUGAGCAAUGAGGCUUAAUGAGGGGGGAUUUAAUUAAAGCAAUAAAAUGUGCAUUUAAACGCAUCCAUUUGUUGUAAAGUCUGUACUGUAACUGUAAUAUAGAAGAAAGAACCUUUUUUUACAUGAACUGCAAUAUUUGGUAUAUUUGAUUUAAGAAUUAAUUGUAAAGACACAAAUGCAAGACUCUACCCAGAGUCCUAUAGAAAAACUAAAGACUAUUAUUGAUUUUGGGAGGGGGGUUGUUUAUUGUGGAAGGGGUAAAACUAACAGCUCAACUUUGUGUGCGCUCUGUAUGGAAUAACCACAAGUAAAUAAAUGCGUUUUGAAGACCUCUCCAAA